CGUCUACGUCAUUUUCACAAUGGCGGAGGCUGGGUGAGGAGGAUAGUGUGUGUGUGUAAAGCGGCGCCGUAAUCGUCAGAGCUACUUGCCCGUAAUACGUGCACGGUGCCCGAAAAUGGCCCUCAACCCCAACGCGGUUGUUAAAAGGGACUCAGGAUGCAGCGGGACGGGCGAUCUCCACCCGGAGGGCGGCGAGCCCCACAAGAAUUCAACCGCCACCUCGGCCACAGUCAACCAAAAUGGCGAUCAGCCUGGAUGUGGAGACGGUGUAAUGCCCGAACAAGAAGCCCCUGAGCGGCGGAGGAGCGUGCAGGCGGACGCCCGGAGCUUCAGCAGCUCUCCCGUGCCAGUCCAAAGAUCGAGCGAAGAGCUGCCACGGAAGAAUUUCCAAAUCCCGAGGAAGAUAAAAGAGCGGAAAGGCUUGUACCAGUUCCUUCCGCCUGACAGCCGGGAAUUUGAGGACCUCGUGAAGAUUGUGUCCUCGUUUUACCUGGACGCGUCUUCGCGGGGAACCUUCACCUACUGCAAGGCCAGGCUGAUUCACAACGAACUGCUGGAGAAGGAGUUCAUCGAGAAGCGGAGAGAGAUGAAGCAGGAGGGCCGGACCGAACAAGAACUCACCGAGUCGUACUGCUUCCUCUAUCCAGACAAAUCCAAGCUCCAGUGGACCUGUGAGAAGGGUUUGUCGGUUGGACACUGUAAGAUUACUACACUAGGAAACCCAGCAGCAGGUGUUUAUCUCUCCAAAUAUUCUGAUCUGCUACAAAUCAAUCCUUUCGAAGCUGGUGCGUCUGGAGACAUGAUAGUUUUUAAAGUCAUGAGGGGGCGAAUAAAGCACAUCCACGAGAUCAUGCCUAAGAACGCAAUAGAGCCCACGCCCAAGUUUGACUGUCACAUGUCCAAAAGUGCCAACAGGGUCACGUCCUUGCUGUCCUACAGAGCUUUUGAGCUCACGCAGCAAUACUUUUUCGAGUUUGCAUUUGAGGAGAUCAAGGCGCGGCCCAGACAUGUGUGUCCCUACGCUGUGGUUUCCUUUCAGUACAAAGGCAAGGAGGCUGCAGCGACUCCUAUGACUGCGCACAGGUUUAACACUAUUUCCCGAGAAGGAACUACAGGGAGGAGCUGCUACACUGUGUGGAGUGGUCCACUGGUGAAUAAGGGCCACGAGUUAUUCCCAAUCUGUUUACGAUCUUCCUCGCGCCCCUACCUUCCUUUCAAACUACCUGAGAAGUUGGAGGUGGAUCAGGGCAUGCAGCUGGAGCAGGUGAAGCGAAAGAUUCCCUCCGUGCUCUUUUCCUGGGACACCUACAGUAUAUCACGUGAAGUAAUGAAAUGCGGGAUGUCCUGCAGCCUGUUUGAGGUGGUGGACGGGAAAGGCAAACCGAGCAGCGGCAGUCUGGCAGCGCUGGUCAACAAGCUGGAGAGGGACCGCAUGGUGCUGGUGAAGUCCUUGUUCGACAGGGGCUUUCUCUUCCUCUUGUCCUCAUCGCAGAUGGCUGAGUCCAAAGAGCGGCGGGGGCGUGCGGAGAGGAACCUGCAAGCAUUAUUCAUCUUUCAGGAGUCAAGGAUGGUUGUGAAGUAUUCAUCCAGACUGUUUGAGCCAGAGCCGCUGACGGUGGAGCCCCAGCCAGCUAUCCUUUCCUCCACUGAGCCUUUCAUCCCUGCACUGCACUAUGCCAUGUACAAGCUGCGCCCCAACCCGGGAAAGGACCUGAGCUCCGGGGUGGAGCGGCAAGCCACCGAAUACCUAACUCGUAGGGAGUCGGGCACAGUGAGGCCGUUCAUUUUGCCCGACUACAAAUACAACGUGGACGAGAGGAUGAACCCCGUCCCGGUGCACAGACCCAAGUUUAACAUGGACGCUGUGCUGCGCUCCUACGUCCACAACCCCGCCAACUACAUUUUACCUUUGAACAAGGCCAAGGACAUCAUCGAACGAAUACGGAACCCCGCACCCAUACCAGUGCUCACGCCGACAGUAACGCCUACGCCGACGCCGACCCCCGCGCCAACGGAAUACAGCCCUGUUUCUGACUGGGGCGGCUCGGACAGAGGCUCGGACAGAGCAGACAGACCCCAAGAAAGGCCGUCACAGGAGAGGCCGCCUGCGGAGAGGCCAACUCAGGAGAAACCACCCCCAGACAACAGCAGCAGCAGACGGAGGACAGGGUCGGCCCACUCGAAUGGGGCCCAGUUGCAACAGAAGCCUCACAGUGAGCCUCAACCUCAGACUCAGCCUCAGACUCAACCUCAGCCUCAGCCUCAACCUCAACCGCAGCCCCAGCCCCAGCCUCAGAAGUUGCGGCAGAACGUGUACGAUAAAGACAAAAUGAAGCAGCUGCUUAAGCUCAUUCAGCUACAUAAGAAAGCUCUCGUGAAGGACCCUUCGAAGGAACGGGGAGAGGAGGACGGCUGGGACGCCAACAGCUUAAAAAGGAAGUUCGACGGGGAGGAGAGGGCAGACGCCAACAAGCACCAGCGCACGGAUCAACUGAGCAACGGCGAACCCAGCAGAGGAGUACAAGCAGACGAGAUGGGAGACGAGGGCGGACAGAACGACAACCUCACGGCAGUGAUGGAAAGCAUGGGCAUCUAUGACACUGACCUGAGGUCCCGGGACAACGCCAAUGCUUCAGCGGUCAACGAGACCCAACGCCUUCUCAAGAUCCUCCUCGCCACGCUCAAUAAAGCCGUGGUCAGAGGUUCGACGUCGAACCACGGCGAGCCGUCAAUGGGCUCGGGGAGAGCGGAGCCAGCUCUGGCCGAGCCAGAUCUUAGAAAAGUAAAUGAGCCAACACAAACAGCACAAACAAACUACACGGAGGAGGACAUGGACUGUAGCCCUUGUAGUCCAUUCAGUACGGGUUCCCCAGCAGAGCAAGCGCAAACCUCAGAUAACACAUCCUGGGACGCCCCCGCCAAUGAAGAAAAAGCUCAGCCUUUUCCUCAGCUGAAGCCGGAACACAAGUCCGAGGGUCCGGAGGGUGUGACGGUGCCGUACAGCGAACCGGAGCCCAAGACGCCCGCGGCGGUCGAAGAGAUAAAGGCGGCUGCGCCCACGUUACCGGUUGCAGAGGAGGUCACUUUCAGGCCCUCCAUUAGCCUGGACACCAUCCUGAACCAGGAAAUUCACAGCCUAACGUCUGACAUUAAAAAUAUCAUGCAGACUUACAGCAUCUGCUAUACCUCGCAGCUGCCCCCGCGGUUGCCGCCCCGCCACUGCUGGCUGCCCAACAGCUGCUUCUCAGAUUUCGUUGCGCCCUACGUCUCCCCCGUGUCCGUUCAGGGGCAUGUUAAAGCCCUGAGCGAGAAGAUGGACAAGUUGAUCCCGGCCCCACCUGCUCCCACCAAGGUCACUUCCCCGCCUCCCACGGUGACGACGACCAAUCUUACGCCGCCGCCCCCUGCGCCCGUCGAGACUUCCAAAACUAAAGAGGAGCCCCCCCUGAACAAGGUCGCCGCCCCCUCUCAGAGCGAUAAAACUGGCACCGUCAAAGACACUGCUUCCAGUAAGGCUAAAACGGAAGCCGCGUCAACGGAGGUGAAGGCUGAUGCCUAUUCUCCCACCCAAGUGACACCGAGCUCUCCAGACGGAAACUCUCAAAACCCAGGUUCUACUUCUGGCAGCGGGUCCACCCUGCUGGCCGGCAGCCUGAUAGGUCAGCUGAAGCCGGAGGUUUUCAGCAGCUUGGUGGAGAUUUUUAAGGACGUCACCAAGAAUACUGUCAAAUUCUACAUCUAUUCUGGGGACGAGGGCGAGGAGAGCACUGUCUGCAAGGAGAUCAAGGAGUACUUGAAAAGUCUCGGCAACAGCGAGUGCAGCCCGCAGACGUUUCUGGAAAACAGCGGCAACCUGGACAAGCUGCUCAUCAUCAUUCAGAACGAGGACAUCGCCGCACACGUGCACAAGAUCCCGGCUCUGGUGUCUUUGAAGAAGCUGCCCUCGGUGAGCUUUGCUGGAGUGGACUCUCUGGACGAUGUCAAGAACCACACCUACAACGAGCUCUUUGUGUCCGGAGGCUUUAUGGUGUCGGACGAGUUCGUCCUCAACCCUGAUCUCAUCACGCAAGAUCGCUUGCAAGGGCUGCUGAAGUUCUUGGAGGAGCAGAGCACCCCUGAACACCCCUGGCAGUGGAAGGUGCACUGCAAGUCCCAGAAGAAGCUUAAAGAGCUGGGCAGGUUGAACUCAAAUGCCAUGGGUCUCUUGAACCUUCUGACAGCCUAUCAAAAGAAGCACUUGGUGGAGUUCCUUCCUUAUCACGAGUGUGACACCCAGUCACGUCAGGCUCCAGAUCUGGAUUGCCUCAUCAAGCUCCAAGCUCAGCACACGCAACAGCGGCACCUUAUCUUCCUCACGGAGAGGCCAUUUGAGAUGUUCCUGCAGUAUUCCAGAAAUGGAAUAGUGAUAGCGAGCAUUGAUGAUGUUAUGAGCGGUUUCCACAGUUUGAUUGGUUCCAUCAAUCAGAAUGAGCUUCCCACGCCUCCGUCCACCGUAGUGAAUGAUGAGUGUGUGGAAGAGGAGGACAUGUCGUUAGAUUCUGAUGAUGGCGAGCCACAAACCAUGGCGGAUCCUCCAAAGCUGAUCCAGGGAGUUGGAUGUCCGUGUCCGCCCCCUCCGGACAUGGACGAGUUUCGUCCUCCGCUCCCGGACCGCCAAGUCACGCCGGAGAGCACUCCAUCCCUGUCUGACUAUUGUGCACUCAAAACAGCCAUCUCUCAGUUCAAAGCCACCAACCAGAUAGGUAUGGGCCCCUCAGACAUAGGCAGCUUAUCACCGGGAGGUUUCCCUGUCAACCCCCACCAGAGCUUCCUGUGCCCUUCGGCUUCGUGGUCGUCCUACGCGGGCUCCUCCAGCUACGCCGCGUCCCCCGCCUACCCCGCCUCGCCCUGCAGCAGCACACAGGAGCAGGACUACCGGCCCCUGACUACGGCUUCUUCCACAGUCCCAACCCCACCUGUCAUGGCGACGGCAGGACCUUUAGCCAACCUGGCUUCCCUCCCGCUGGAGGUCAAACCCCCCCCUCCGCCUCACCUCAUGAUGCUCGGUCACACGUAUUCCUCAGACACUGGAGGGGCGGGGCCUCCGGGAACUUCUCCGCUCACCACCGCUCCCCCCUACACAGACCAUAAGGAUGCAGCCCAGCCGGCUUACAUGGCCGGCAUUCCUAAAAACGCCAUCGGGACCCCCACACAACACGACAGGACACUCAGUGGACCUGGGGAGGGCGUAUGGGCAACGGGGACCACCACUUGUGAGACUGCCAGCAGUCAGGGUGUGGUCACAUCUUGCCCAAUGGACCCUAGCGGACUCCCUAAGACUGGUGAAACCCUAAUAGGAAGCACCCCUGGUAAUCACAGGGGCAGGACUCAGGUGAACUGCGCUGACAGCCUCGGAUCUCAUGUGGGCAUUCCCACAGGGGCCACUAGAGGGGGACCUGUACUAAGACCAAAGCUGCCUCCACAUCCAAUGUGUGGAGUAGGCUAUGGUAGUAUAGGUGGCAUCCCCGGACACAUGAAUCACGGACCUAUGCGGGGUGCUAUGGGUCCUAGUUCUAUAGGGACCUACAGAGGGAGAGGAGCCCCACCAGGAGGACCUUGGCCUCGACUAGGACGAGGACAAGAGCGAGUGGAUGGGACUGGAGGCGGUCACUGCUCUUGGUACCCAGCAGGACGGGGCGGGCCACAGGAUUACUACACAGACUACACAUACUCACACAACUAUGCCCCUGAAUAGACAAUCAACAGGAUCAAAGGGGGCAAUGCAAACACAAGAGACUAUAUGAGCUGAAUGUAUAUAUUUCCUUGUCAUAAAUGCAUUGGUUUAAAUCCGUAAAUAAGGAUCCUGGUUUUCUACAUUAAUAGGAAUUGAUACAGGCAGUGCCGAGUGUCCUACUGUCGUGUAAACUGUCUGUACACUUUUUCCAUGUGAGUUAUUUGAGACCCUGUUCAAACCACUAUAUUUAUAUUUGCCAAGAAAUGUUAAUGGCCUUCCAACUUCUCAGAAAUGAUCCAUAUUAUUUCUGUUGUGCUCCGCUUUUGAAACGGUUUGUGAACAAGGGGAAAGGCUGAUAUUUUUUUAAGGAAAAAAACAAAACAAACGAGUGAAUGAAGUUUCACUUUUGCUGUCGGUUUUCUUUCUUUUUUUAUUUGACAUAUUUGGUUGUCCGGAAUUCAAUUAAAAUAUUUCAAAUCUCUGGUGUGUGUGAUGGGUUUGAUGACGGUGUCGAGCAAACCAUUAAACAUAUAAAUCACA